UUAGUUAGUUUCUAUAUAAGGCAUCUCUUCCUCUACAACUUCAUCAAUCUCUCGAUCAAAACGAAUAAAGGAAGUCUUCAAGAGAGGAGUGAGAGAGAGAUGGAAUGCCAUCUGAUGCUAGCUCUGCCUAUUCUCCAGUUGCUUCUUAACCACAUAAACCCCUGCACAGCUGCUGCAGCAUCUUCUAGCAAAGUGAACACCGAGUACAUAAAGACAUCAUGCAGCGUCACGCUCUAUCCGAAACUGUGCUACACCUCCCUCUCAAUCUAUGCUGGAAAAAUCAAGACCAGCCCGAAAGUGCUAGCCCAUACCGCCCUCAACGUGACCCUUAGAGCCACCAAAGCAACUUCCGCGGUAAUAAACAGGUGUUCAAAAGUUCAUGGACUGAAGCCUAUAGAGGUUGCAGCCACACUCGACUGUGUGGAGGAGAUUAGUGAUGCUUUGGAUGAGCUGCGAAAGUCCAUAGGUGAAUUGGGUCAUGCAGUUAAAGGCUCGAGAAGUUUCUUGUUUCAAAUUAGUGAUAUUCAAACAUGGGUUAGUGCUGCAUUAACUGAUGAGGACACCUGCUUGGAUGGUUUUGAUGAACCUAAAUUGAAUGGAAGGGUGGAGACUAUUGUCCGGAGGGAAAUAACGAAGAUCGCGCAUCUGACGAGCAAUGCCUUGGCGCUCAUCAACAACUACGCCUCAAACUAAAGCUGCAAUAUUGCUGUAUGGGAACAAAUGUGUAUACUACUAGCUACUCAAGAACGGACCAAUUAAUGGUCUGUUAGUGUCCAAAUUACAGACUUGUCUAUGAGUAAAAUCAUCCAGGACAAGAAAAUUAUACUAUAAAAACUUGAAUUGUGAGAGGUAAAUAGACUAUAUGCAGCUAGUAUGGUUUUUAUAACAGACUGUAAAUAUAUGAUUCUGUAAAGUGGUUGUAAGUUUUAAGCCUUUGGAACUGUAGCAUCAAUACAGUACCCUGUGAAAUGACUUGAGUAUGCCAAGCACCUAUCUGUUUUGGAUAGAUUAGAGGAAAUUAAGCUCUCUCCAGAAGGCUGGAUACUUUUUUGGGUU